UUAGGGGCCUUUGCUGCCUUGCUGCUUCAUUGUGGUGUUGCGAACAGAUUUCUCCCGAAGAGCUAGGUAGCAAGUUACAGACAAAAAAUGGCAGACGAAGAGCUCGAGGCAAUCAGACGGCAACGUAUGGCCGAACUUCAGGCGAAACAUGGGGUAGUAUGGAGCCAGAUGGACGGGGACCCUUCCAAUGACCAGCAGGGACAGCAGGAAGCCAAGCAAAGAGAAACUGAAAUGAGAAACUCCAUUCUUGCUCAAGUUUUAGAACAGUCUGCCCGUGCCAGAUUGAGUAACUUAGCAUUGGUGAAGCCAGAGAAAGCCAAAGCUGUGGAGAACUAUCUCAUCCAAUUGGCCCGCUCUGGUCGCCUUUCUGCAAAGGUUUCAGAAGUGGGAUUGAUAGAGAUCCUCGAGAAAGUCAGUCAGCAGACAGAAAAGAAGACAACUGUCAAGUUCAACAGACGGAGGGUGAUGGACUCGGACGACGAAGAUGAUGAUUGAUGCAAGUAGUUGAAACCUGAAGACAGUCUGAAGGCUGAAGGGGGCUGGGCUGCUUGGAGCCAGCCAUCUGCAGUCUAUCAAAGGCAGUUUGUCUGAGGAUCACAUCCUAGAAGUCAGAACGUAACUAAACAUGGA